GAGAGCACGAGCUCGACCUGUAGUAACUCACGGAGUUGCGCUUCAUCCAGCCAGUUUCACCGCCCCUCCUCGACCCGAGGCCGCACCGUCAUCCCCGCUUCACUCGACCACCCCUCCCUAAAUCGACCGGCGAAAGAUGGCGCAGGCCGUGAACCGCAUCCGCGGGGCCUUUGCGCCCCCGCGGAAGGGCGAGACGUUCGAACUGCGGGCGGGUUUGGUGUCGCAGUAUGCCCAUGAGCGGAAGGAGUCCAUCCAGAAAACCAUCAUGGCCAUGACGCUGGGCAAGGACGUGUCGGCGCUCUUCCCGGAUGUCCUCAAGAACAUUGCGACGGGGGAUUUGGACCAGAAGAAGCUGGUAUACCUCUAUCUCAUGAACUACGCCAAGUCGCAUCCGGACCUUUGCAUUCUCGCCGUCAACACCUUUGUACAGGACUCCGAGGACCCGAACCCCCUUAUUCGAGCAUUGGCGAUCCGAACCAUGGGUUGCGUCCGCGUCGACAAGAUGGUGGAUUACAUGGAGGAGCCGCUUCGGAAGACGUUGCGGGACGAGUCGCCGUACGUGCGCAAGACAGCUGCCAUCUGUGUGGCCAAGCUCUUCGACCUCAACCCGACAAUGUGCAUUGAGAACGGCUUUCUCGAGAUACUGCAGGAGAUGAUCGGCGACCCGAACCCCAUGGUCGUAGCCAACUCAGUCCAGGCUUUGUCCGAGAUCACCGAGACGGCGCCAGAGACAAAAGCUUUGCUCAUCACAUCUACCACGCUCAAGAAACUGUUGAUGGCGCUGAAUGAGUGCACCGAGUGGGGCCGAGUGACGAUUCUCAGCACACUUGCGGACUAUCCGCCCACAGACGUCAAGGAGUCGGAGCACAUCUGCGAAAGAGUCGCGCCGCAGUUCCAACACGUUAACCCCAGCGUCGUUCUGGCCGCUGUGAAGGUCGUUUUCAUCCACAUGAAAUUAGUGAACCCCGAGGGCGUCAGGCAGUACCUGAAGAAGAUGGCGCCUCCUUUAGUUACCCUCGUCUCCUCCGCUCCCGAGGUGCAAUACGUUGCUCUUCGGAAUAUUGACCUCCUUUUGCAGGCCAAGCCAGACAUCCUCAGCAAAGAGCUUAGGGUGUUCUUUUGCAAGUACAACGAUCCGCCCUACGUUAAGCUGCAGAAACUCGAGAUCAUGGUGAGGAUAGCGAACGAGAAGAACUUUGAUCAACUACUCUCCGAGCUGAAGGAGUACGCGCUUGAGGUUGACAUGGACUUUGUCAAACGUGCCGUCAAGGCCAUUGGCCAGGUGGCCAUCAAAAUCGAGCCAGCAAGCGAAAAGUGUGUCAACGUGCUGCUUGACCUCAUCGCUACCAAGGUCAACUACGUUGUUCAGGAGGUUAUUGUUGUCAUCAAGGAUAUCCUCCGGAAGUACCCCGGGUAUGAGGGCGUCAUUCCUACACUCUGCAAGUAUAUCGACGAGCUGGACGAGCCAAACGCGCGGGGGUCUCUCAUCUGGAUUGUGGGAGAGUACGCCGAGAAGAUCAACAACGCCGACGACAUAUUAUCCGGGUUUGUUGACGUCUUUGCCGAGGAGUUCACUCAGACACAACUACAAAUCCUCACAGCGGUUGUGAAAUUGUUCCUCAAGAAGCCCAGCAACAACCAGGGCCUCGUACAAAAGGUCUUGCAGCUCGCGACAGCAGAUAGCGACAACCCCGAUAUUCGCGACCGCGCUUACAUUUACUGGCGUCUCCUUUCCGGCGACCUUGACGUCGCAAAGAGCAUCAUCCUCGCCCAAAAGCCUCCCAUCACCACUACCGUCAGCAGUCUGCCCCCCGUUCUCCUCGAGCAUCUUCUCUCCGAGCUCUCCACCCUCGCUUCCGUCUACCACAAGCCCCCCGAGUCGUUCGUUGGCAAGGGCCGCUUCGGCGCCGAGGCCAUCCAGCGCGCCGCCAUCCAGGAACAGCGCCAGAACCUCGCCGAAAACCCCAUUGCCGCAUCGGUGGCCGCUGCGGCUUCCGCGAACGGGACGGCUGGCGGUGGGGCGCAGCAGAACAAUAUCGAGAACCUGCUCGAUAUCGAUUUCGACGGGGCCGCGCCGGCAAGCGCCGAGCAGAACCCCGCGGGGACGGGCACUCCCGACAGGGUGGCGAGUCCGGUCUCAGCCGGCGGAGCGGCGGCGCCCGGCGGCGGGAUGGCGGAUAUCAUGGGGUUGUUUGACGCGCCGGCGCCGGCGGGUGCGGCUGCGGCUGUGGCUCCACCUGCGGUCGGCGGUUUGGCUGGGCCUGCUAGCAGUGGCGGCGCCCCGGCUGGCGGGAGUGGGCUGAACGAUCUGAUGAGCGGGUUCGAGGGGAUGGAUCUGAGCGGGACCAGCGCGCCGCCGCCGCCGGGGCAGCAGCUCGGGCAUGCGAAUGGCAAGGCGGCGGAGCAGAGCAAGGGGAGUGAUGACUUGUUGGGACUGUUUUAGGAUGUGGGAGGCUGGAGGAGCACCUUGUCCGAAUGAGAAUAGCAAAUUUGGGUUGAUGUGUAUUUUGCCAGGUGUGUUUUCGCCCCUGGCUUCUUGCUUGCAUUGUUGACUGGCUGGGAGUGCGAUGUGGCUGUGGGAACACACGCUGUUGUCCCUACUCGCCAUUCUGUUUAUUUGUACAGAACACUGCUGCUCCUCCCAAAAGAAUC